AUGCCCAUCCACGACACCUUGCACGAGGCAGUCGACUGCACAGGCGACUUCCUCUCUGACUUGCUGCGCUUCCUGCCCCUCCGAACGUUUACCUUUUCUUCGACUUUUGCAACUUUAACUUCGCAGCACAAACAGUUUUGCCUGCUGUUUAUUUUCCUGCUUGCGCUUGUCACUGCUGUGGCUUUCACCUUCCCCAACUUACAUUCACACUCUCACUCUCUUUUCCACGACUGCUGGAAAUCACAACUAACAGAAAUGCCACCGAGCAAAGCUCCCACCCCGCGGACGUCGCGCAAUAGUCGCGGCCUGCGAAACAGUCCCUUCGUCGAAAGGACUCCCGUCGUCAGACGAUCGUCGAGACGCUCCACCAAAGGCACCACUCCUGCCAGCACCAAAGUCGUCGACAGUUUCACCGAGCUCCCCGAGCCGGCGACUCCGACUCCGGUCGCUCGAUCUGUGAAUAUCCAGACCCCUUGUCCUCGACCUGGGCUCGCCGCAUCCCCCAAUCGUACCGAGCCUAUUGAGCAGGUCCCUACCUCUCAAACAACUACCUCUCUCGGACCCGUCGCCCUCGAGCCUAUUCGAGAAGAGCAGUCGCCAAGGACACCAGCCGCUGCCUCUCCGAUCAGCGCUGCCCCAGAGCAAGCGUCUACCACACCUGUCUCGUCAUAUACACCGACAGGCCCCAGCACUCAUACCCCGCCUGCCCAGCGGAAGGUCUCGCCUCUCCAGUACCGGCGUAUUGCCUUGAUAAAAGGAACCCCCGUCAAGCCUGUCAAGAAGGCUGGCCCAGUAACACCCAUCUACCGUCCAACGAGAUUCCUCACAAGACUGGUCGACCGAACACCUGCCCCGAAACCUCCUCCUACCCCUCGGAGUGAAGGUCAUGAAACCCGUCGGUUUGCAGAGCGCCGAGAACAAGAGGACGAUGAGACCGAGUUUGCCAAGGGCAUCUAUCUGGCCAUCCGCAACGAUCACCGCAUGAGAGAGUGCUGGUGUCCAAUACCCAACAUUUACAACUCGAAAGAAGAAGCCGAGGCGGGAUCGGGUCACCUUCGAUUUUACAUUAGUGACACAAACGGCACCAAGUCCCUGCGUGUCCUCCAGAAGAAGGACGACUUCAACUGGCACUGCCACUGCGCCCAGGAGUACCACCCCGUGUGUUUCGAGCUCCUGAACAAGAACGGGAAGCGGCCGGCUCAAGGUUCCGAGCUGGACUUGAUUGCGCAGAAUUCGGGCCUCAAAAAUAGCGAGAGCGUUAAGAAGGUUGUCAGCACACCGAGCGAGCCCACAGGAGAGGGGGAGAAGACAGAGCAAGAGAGUCGUUGGUCCAUGUGGUCGCAAGCCCGUGGUCUUUUCGGUUCGGUAACCACCAUGAUCAACCCGAUUACCAACUUGAUCGGCAAGCUUGUCGGCGCCGUGCGCGGUAACCACUAUGAGACUGUCGAUGUGCGCCGCACCAACGAGCAAGAUGGCACAAUUGUUGUCAAGAGAUUCAAGCGCCAGCUGGGCGGAGCUGAGGAGGAUGAAGUCGACGGCCUGGAUUGGGUCAAGAACCCCACCGAGUACAUCGGCGCUGAGAGACUCGAAAGACUUGCCGGCGAUUUUGUCGGUCAAGCAACACUUGUUCAGGAAGGCAAGAUUGUCACCGGUCUUACGAUCAAGGACAUCAUGCAAGAGCAGCUUGCUGGCCAGGGCGUCAUCGGCAUCAGUGUUGCGAUCUUCAAGUACCAAGAGAUGCUUUUCGGCCCUGUGACUGCCGAAUGGACCGAGGUGGAGAGAGCCGAGAGGUUUACGGAGGCGGUUAAGAGGUACAUCCGUAACCUGCUGAGCACCAUCGAGAUGAUGAGAAACAUUUACAGCCCGGACAACUUUGAGAUUUUGAAGCAAGAGUUCCCCAAGCCCAGGUCUGGUUUGGGACUGGGCAACAACGAGUUCAGGCUUGCGGCGAGAAAAGCCGGGGAGUUUUUGCUGUUCUUCCAGUCUCUGGUCGACCUCAUUCCCAUGGACCUGGACAUGGUCAAGACGGUUGGGCAGGUGAUUGUCGAUUUCGAUGCCGUGGGCAAGAAGGAGUUGGUUCCGAGCUUGGUUGCCGUCGCCGCAGCCCCGGUUGGGACCAUGCCUGGACUUUUCCCAGACGAGAAGCCUUCUGUCAUGGAGGAGGUCCCCAUCAAGGAGUUGGACAUUCAGCCUCUGUAUGAGUACAGAUACCCGUCACCCGACCCCUCCGAAUCGGACAGCACACCGGGCGAGCCGGGCGACUACCGUCUGAUUGCCAAACCGAGGGGCAUCUUGAAGGCUUCCAAGACAUGGAGUGUUCCUCCCACGCCUAAGUAUGUCCCCACGCCACAAAAGAGCCGCAGGCUGGUGUUUGAGAGCCCAAUCUCGAGGUUCAUUGCGCCCUCACAUAUACCCUCCAGGGUCAUGACUGCCAGAGAAGCCGAGCUGAUAGUAGAGGCUGAGCGCAAGGCAGAGCUUUUAGGUGAUGAGCACUCCCUCAAGGUGCUGGAGGCCACCAUGACAACAAAUUCGAGGCACAAUGCCUCGCAAGACCAGUUCCGAUGGAGCGCCCGCGGGCCUGAACUGGAGAAGGACGACAAAGAGAUGGGUCUGUCCCGUUAUUAUCAAAAGUAUGGCAAGUUCCUCGACGAUGCGAGGGAGGAUCUCGAGCAACGCAGUGAGAGGAGGAAAAGGAAGCUGGAGCAGGAGGAGAGGUCCAUUUACAGGAUGACUCCCCUGAAGCGAGAGAUUCGCAUCCCCCGGCCGCCGCAGUUUACGACUGCCGAGAGGAGGCGCAGAGCGGCGGAGGCGGCGGCGUCAAUGCCCUCUCCCGAGCCGGACAGCUCUAUCUCUUUCAGCCCGUGGUACAAGCGGUUUACCGGCAGGGGAUAUCGUGAAGAGCCGAUAGAAGAUGAUGAUGAGGGGGGUUAUGUUAUGGCCAAGCCUGCCCGCACCAAGCCUGCCCAGACCUCGCGGUUUCAGGGGGUGGAAUCGGACGACGAGGGCAACGUGGUCACGCCGGAGUCUAGCCCGAAGAAGGUGCAGCCGGCUACUCCAGCGCGUGUCCUCGACCUGCUUUCUUCGCCAACUACCACCAAGGUGAAGGUGAAGCCGCGAUUCAAUCAUCAGGAUGGCAAGCUAGUCGUCGACUUGACGAGUUCGCCAACGGGCAGUGCACAGCGGGUCGUCAACCCCAACGUUCAGGUACAGGUUAUCACCGAGCGCGUCACCAGGACCAGCUCGAGAGAAGCCACAAAAACCCUGUUUGGCUCAGAUCCUGACUCGGAUCCUGAGGAUGCCGCCCUCAUAGCGUCAAGAGCGGAAGAAGAGCGUGCCGAGCUUGCUCGUAAAAAGAAGGAGGAGGAGGAGAAGCUUCGGCAGAGGUAUUUGAAUCAAGAGAAGGAAGCCGCGGCGAGGAAGGCGAGGGAGGAGGAAGCGAAAAGGAAAGCUGCCGAGGUGGAGAAGGACAAAAAGGCAAAGGAGGCGCAAAAGGUUGCCGAGAGGAUCAAGAGGGUGGAGGAGAUGAGGCUGAGGGCUCCUCUCAGGCCUCUGCACAGACCGGUGUCGGAGCUGUGGGAGGCGGCGGUGAGCGAGCUCGGCAACCAGCCGGCGGAUCAGGUGAUGGCCAAGUUUCCCAACGGCCGGGUAGAGGGACAGCUGACGAGGUUCGAUCUUUAUGAGCGGCUCACGCGGCAAGGUCCCGACGGGGAAGACGUCUGGCUCAACGACCAGGUCAUCAUGGCGGCACUGAGGCACAUGGUGCUGACGGUGGACAAGAAGAUGGGCGGGACCAAGGAGCGGCCCAGGGUGGCGUGCCUGGACAGUUACUUUUGGAAGAUGCUCGUCGUGGACAAGAAGGGGGUGGAUCCCAUGAUGCGGGCGGCGAAGCGGCAGGCGGGGCUGACGCCCGAGAACUUUUACGAGUGCGCGUUCGUGCUGGUGCCGAUUUGCGAGAAUAGUCACUGGACGCUGGGUGUGAUUAGGCCGGAUUUGAAGGUGGUGUAUCACCUUGACUCGCUGGGGCCGGGGGGCGGGGAGAAGGCGAAGAAGCUGCUGGGGAUUGCGGCGUUGAUUUCGGGGGGGAAGUGGAAGAGGGACGAGUGGGAGGAUGUGAGCGAGUUUAUUCGGAGCCCGAGGCAGAGGAACGGGAAUGACUGCGGGGUGUGCACGAUUACGAAUGCGGAAUGUGUGCUGAAUGGGAUCGUGCCGGCGGAGGCGUGGUUGGCGAGGGAGAUGGGGCAGUUGAAGAGGAGGUGGAUUGCGGCCAUGUUGAUGAAUGGGGGGUAUGAGGGGGAGUUUAGUUUGGAGGGGAUUUAG